AUGGGUGAAACACGGCGCCUAAACGUACUGUUCUGCUGUCUCGGCAACAUCUGCCGUAGCCCCAUGGCAGAGGCAGUAUUUGCGCACAAAGUGCACCAGCAUGCCCUGGAGGAGCACUUUGGCGUGAUCGAUAGCUGUGGGACAGCUGACUACCACGAAGGCGAAGAGCCUGAUAUGCGGACUGUGCGCGUGUGCAAGUCACACAAUGUGCCCAUUAGCCAUCUGGCUCGAGCCAUCCAGCCGGACGAUUUCCACAAGUUUGACUAUAUCUUUGGCAUGGAGUGCGUACUCAUGCAGUGA